AUGCGUCUCCACAAGUCCAGCAACCGAGGUCUUCGGAAACAUUGGCGCCGCCAACCACUGGGCCGUCUCCCUUUCCAGCCUCAUCACCACUUUAAACCAAAGUCCUCCGUCCCCAUCACCUACUUGCGACUCAAAGAACGCAUCGCUGCACGCUCUCAUGCGCUCCAUCGGACCACUACCACUUCCUCUUCUGUCGGCAACAAUAACCAUACUCCCCAAUCAAUCUUCACUGUAUCAAGCGAGCGUCCAAGAGUCCACGGGCUCUCCUCAACCCCAUCUCUCGUCCUACCGAACCAAGCCUAUAGGAUACGUCGCCCUGGUCACACUUCCAUUAAGAAGCGCUCCAGUAGCACUUCUGCAGGAGGCUCCACCACCGUAGCAGCAUCUCGGACCCACAACUUCGGAUCGCCUCCCACUAAAUCAGACUUUGAGUCCGUAUCUGGAUCGGACUCGGAUUUUUUCUCUUCUUCCUCCACAUCCCAUUCUCCCUCCUCACCGCCUUCGCCGACAUCUUCCUCCGCCAUGCCCACAGAUCCGGAUCAUCACCACGAACUCAUGAUGCUGAAACGCGAGGCCUUUCAGGAACUCGCCUCACAGACCCAACGAUUUGACGACCUCUUUAUCGCAAAGAUGAUCUACUGGGAAAGUCUCGGUAACGAAGAGAAGGCUCAAUGGCUCGAACGAGGUCAUCACCAUCAUCGGCAUACCCCAAGCAAUCACCUACAAUCACACGAGCAGCAGAGUUGUCAGGACAUGGAGGAAGAAGUUGAAAGCAGCAUGGAACAGGACGAGAUUGACGACCUGGUGAAUGCGCUUGAAUGCAGAGCUACCUGUAAAGACUACUCAGCCCUGCUGGAUUUCGAGAGAGAGGCUGCGGCUGAGAGGAGACGUCAGACGGUCGGUGAACGAGAUCAGCUCCACGAUACCUCGGCUGUGAAGAUGCAGGAUCCGCUGACUUGCUGGGACCUCGGUUAUGAGGACGUCUUCUAA